UGCACCUUCGCCUCGAAAACAGAAAGAUAUAUAGGCUAAGAUACGUUUCACUGUAAAUACACAGGCAGGACAUAAGAUUAUCUGUGUUUUGAUUUUUUUUAUUAUUAUUGUUAUUUAUUUGUUUAUUUUUUGGAUUCGCUGCAAAUGGUCAAAAUGAGCCUGUCGUUAAGGGCGGAUGUGUCUGCUGACAAGAAUAAAAAAAAGAGGAGAGAACUAACCGAUGAACAGAAAGAUGAGAUUAAAGAAGCAUUUGAACUCUUUGACACCGACAAGGAUAAAGAACUAGACUAUCAUGAACUAAAGGUGGCCAUGAGAGCGCUUGGUUUUGAGGUGAAGAAAGUUGAUGUUAUGUCUAUCUUAAAAGACUUCGACCGAGGAGGCAGUGGAAAAAUAACUUAUGACAUUUUCAAAGAAGUUGUGACUGACAGGAUUUUGGAUCGGGACCCAAAAGAAGAAGUUCUGAAGGCAUUUAAACUGUUUGAUGAUGAUGACUCUGGAAAGAUCAGCCUGAAAAACCUGCGGCGUGUGGCCAGAGAGCUAGGAGAAGACAUGAGUGAUGAAGAGCUGAGGGCUAUGAUUGAUGAGUUUGACACUGAUGGAGAUGGAGAGAUUAGUCAAGAGGAGUUUGUCUCAAUUAUGACCGGAGACUCCUGAGUUUACAGCAUGGUCAAGUCUUACCAAAUAUCCUGUAGCAUAUGGACAACAGCCAUGAUAUGGCUUGAUGUUUAGAAAAGACAAUUCCAAAUAUAAUCACUAGUGUGUACAACCAUAUAAAGCUUUAUUUGACUGCUUCAGUGAGGUACUAGAUUACUCUUUCACAAGGUAUUAAUAUUGUAAUACUCAAUGUUCUAAAUGUUAAAUAUAGUUAAGCAUUGUAUUGUGAUAUGACUACUACUACUGACCGUCCAUUAAUCAAUCAGUUACCGUGAACAAUAACUUGAUUUAUUCUGUAUAAAAUGAUAAUUUCUGUAGUUUGGUGCAUUACUGUUAAAGUUAAAUAACUCUCAUGCAUGUACAUAUUUUACAUACUUAUAAACCAGAUGUUGUAUGCAGUUCUA